AUGAUCUGGAUCCAUCGCCAAAGGCCGAAGUUAAUGGCGAGCCGACAGCCAAGCUUGUCAGUGUCCCCAGAGCUAAGGUAUCAGGUGAAAGUAGCCGACGAAGAAACGUCUGCAAUCUUGGUGAUGACGAGUUUUUGA